CAGGUGUUCCUCCCGUGAGAUUAUAGCAGGUUUUUCACAGAGAGAAAAAAAGACACCGUAAACUUCCCACCAGUGACGAGAUAUCUUUUUGCAACAAUUGCUUUUCUGACGAAGUUUCUCCCUGUGAAUUUGUUGAACAGUUUGUUUUUCUUUGGCCCUAUUGAGGGGAAGGCUGCCUUGACUUUUUGGGCUGGGCCCGUGGUAUUAGUUCACACCUGUUUACGUCUGCUAGAAACAGAAACACAAGACUUGCUCACCCCGCCUUUCUGAGGUUCAGGAAAGUUGUAUGGUUUACUGAAGACGACUUGAUGUGAGUUUAAGUGUCAAGACUGAACAAACUAAGUCCCAAUGACUGAACAAAACUUAAAUUCGACUACUGAUGAACAAAAAACGACAAGAAUUUAUAAUAAAAAAGAUUCUAAAAAUGUUUCUUUUAAUUCAGAGCCAGAAAAUGCAGGAGUGGAAGAAAAGACGAAGAAAAGUGGCAAGAUGCUUAAUCAACAGUUACAAUCUUUGAACCUGGAAGCAGAAAUCUUUGAAACUAAAAGGAAAACUAGUCUGACCAGAUCAAAGACUUAUGAUUCAGUUUUUCCAUCUAGUCCUGCAGACUUGGAAACAAAAUCUGAAAGGAAGAAAAAUUCCAAUCCUUCGAAGACAAAUGCAACCUAUCACAAGAUCUUUAAAGAUAUUGAAAAGGAUGAAUCGUUAAAACAAAGUUUUACUUGUGCUUUGCAAAAAGACAUUCUCUACCAAGGAAAAUUGUUUGUGUCUGAAAACUGGAUUUGCUUUAAUUCCAAAGUCUUUGGAAGAGAUAUAAAGAUUACCAUACCCACCUUCUCUGUGAAUCAGAUUAAGAAACACAAAACUGCCUUGCUGGUGCCAAAUGCUCUAUGCAUAUUCACUGAACUUGAAAAGUUUAUGUUUGUUUCACUAUUGUCGAGGGAUGCAACCUAUAAGCUUCUGAAAUCUGUUUGUUUACAUCUGGAGGAGAGACCUGAUGAUACCAGUCCAAAUCCAUCCCUUGCUGAAAAUAAUUUCAGGGUUGAACGUCCAACAUCAUUGUCUCUAGAAUUUCAUUUAGAAGAUUUGCCAGAUAUUCCAACAGAAUGCAGAAGACGAGAAUUGGAGCAAUCCAGCAGUUCUGGUUCUCAAACUCCAGAGUCUGAAAAUUCGCAAGAGUUUCCCAGUGGAUCCCAAGCAUUACUGAAAAUGGAAAAGAAUACCAUUCCUGUGCAUGCUGAUGUUCAUGUAAAAGAAAUGACCGACGUGAAGAGAAGAAGCUAUCAUGAGGGCAGGAAUUCCUUGGUAUGGGGGCUAUUACACAAAGUGAAAGCUAAUGGUGAACAGCAUAUUUCUGUGAACACCUUACUGGUGCUCUAUCUGGUCAUAGUCAUUGUGUUAGUCAUUUCAUCUUUCUACAUGGGCAUGAAAAUCUUUGCUUUGGAGCAGCGCCUGGCUUCACUGGGAGCAUUGCCAGAAUAUCAUGCACAUCACAAAGAAUCCUUUAUUCAGCGUGACGUGGGUUUGCCGUACCAAGUCAACACAGAUAUGAUUUAUGAUGAAUUGACAGAAAAUCUUGCAAAACUCGAAAAGAUACAGAAGAAUCUACAAAAGCUUCUGGAUGGAACUGAAUGAGAUUUUGCACUUUUAAUCAUCAGUACAUGUUGUGCCCAGCAAGGUCAUCAAUGUAUGGAAUGUAAUGUGAACUCUGCAGGACAGAGUGUAGGAUUGUUAAACUUCAACCAUGUAUUUAACGGAAUUCUGUGUGGCCUUUGAGGAAAUAUGCACAUUAUCUUCCUUGUAUCUGUGCAAGAAAGAAUUCCAUUGAUCAGCAAGCCCUUUAUUUAGCAAUUAAACUUUUGGAAAGCA